ACACCACACACUGCUAUGGCCAGCCCCGGCGAGCAAGAGGAGUCCGCGAGGUUAUGGAAGGUGAAUAGGACUAUACACGAGUUGGUCAAGGACAGGGGAUUCCAGGUCGCCGACGACGAAAUAAACAUGGACUUAGCCACCUUUCGCUCACACUACGCUAGUCAAAGCGGAACAGUAGACCGGAGUCAGCUCAACUUCUUCACGAACCAUCGGGACAACCCUAUGUUGCAGAUAUUCAUUUUCUUCACCGACGAGAAGAGCGUGGGAGUCAAGACAAUGCGAAAAUUGCUUGGAAUCCUUGAAGAGAAGAACAUCCAGCAGGGAAUUAUCGUGUUCCCGGGCAAUAUGACUCCUUCUGCGCGGAAAGUUAUCGUAGCCAUGGCGUCACAAUACAAGCUGGAGGAGUUCUCGGAGUCCGACUUACUGGUCAACAUCACCCACCACACGCUAGUGCCGAGGCAUGAGCUUCUCACGCCAGAACAGAAGAAGGAACUACUGGAGACCUACCGGCUGAAGGAGACGCAACUUCCUCGUAUCCAACUGGCCGAUCCGGUUGCGCGCUAUUACGGUCUUAAACGGGGCAACGUUGUCAAAAUCACCCGCCCGAGUGAGACGUCCGGACGUUACGCCAGCUACCGGAUUUGUUUCUAGCUUCUGCAUAUUUUAUUAGGCCGCCGUUCAUGUGCCACUGUUCGUCGCACUGCGUCCCCGCGUUCUCGUUAGGUGACCGUUGGGCCCUGCCCUGCCUACCAGGGAUUCGAGUCCGGCCGUUUCCUUGCCAUCGCUCCAUCAUCGAUCAUUGCCUGCUAUGUAGCCAUUUUCUCUCAAGCUGUCGCCAGCUUCUGCAUUGUAUAAUCCUCGAAACCGCCGUUUUCAAAUCAGCAUUCCUUCAAAGACAGC